AUGGACGAGGUCAACGAGCCCAUAGACCUCAGCGAGGUGGUCCUGAUGAGCGACGCCGAGGUUCGCGCCAGGAUCAACAUGAUAGACGCUGAAAUAAAGAUUUUGAAGAGCGAGCACACCCGCCUCAAAUCUCGGCAGAUCACGAUGCAGGAGCGCAUCAAGGACAACCAGGAGAAGAUACAGCUGAACAAACAGCUGCCUUACUUGGUGUCCAACGUGGUAGAGCUGCUGGACCUGGAAGACGAGGAGGAGGAUGCCGGUGUUCAGGGCAUUGAGAUGAAACGCAAGGGCAAGUCUUUGGUGAUUAAAACGUCAACUCGCCAGACCAUCUUUCUCCCGGUGAUAGGUCUGAUCCCGCACACCAUGCUCCACCCAGGCGACCUUGUCGGGGUCAACAAGGACAGCUACCUGGUGUUGGACAAGCUGCCACCGGAGUAUGACAACCGUGUGAAGGCAAUGGAGGUCUGCGAAAAGCCAAUUGAGGACUAUUCCGAUAUCGGCGGUUUGGACAAGCAAAUCCAGGAACUCAUAGAGGCAAUCGUGCUUCCCAUCACUCACAAGGCGCUGUUUGAGAAGAUUGGCAUAAAGCCGCCAAAGGGUGUUUUGAUGCAUGGACCGCCUGGGACUGGUAAGACGCUGCUAGCGCGUGCCUGCGCCGCUCAGACCAAGGCCACGUUCGUGAAGUUGGCCGGGCCACAGCUGGUACAAAUGUUCAUCGGUGAUGGCGCGAAGAUGGUGCGCGACGCCUUUAAUUUGGCUAAAGAGAAAGCUCCGACCAUCAUAUUCAUCGACGAGAUCGAUGCCAUCGGUACCAAGCGUUUCGACAGUGAGCUUUCCGGUGACCGUGAGGUUCAGCGUACUAUGCUUGAGCUACUGAACCAACUGGACGGUUUCAGCAGCGACGACCGCGUGAAGGUUAUUGCGGCAACCAACCGGCCGGACACGUUAGACCCAGCGCUUUUGCGAUCUGGACGUUUGGAUCGCAAAAUCGAGCUUCCGCAUCCUAACGAGGGUUGGUUCUCACCACAUUUUGGACAUGUUGUUUCAGAGGCCCGUGCGCACAUCAUGCAGAUCCACUCGCGUAAAAUGAACGUGCACCCCGACGUGAAUUUCUUGGAGCUUGCCCGCUCGACAGAGGACUUCAACGGCGCCCAACUGAAGGCCGUCUGUAUCGAGGCAGGCAUGGUAGCUCUGCGUCGAGGCGCCAAGGAGCUGGAUCACAACGACUUCGUAGAGGGCAUCGCAAUGAUGAGCGCGAAGAAAAAGACGACCCUAAACUAUCUCAACUAG